AUGAGUAAAAAAAAAAAUCCUGGUGAUCCUAGAAUUAAGAAGAACGCUUUUGUUCAUAAAUUAUAUACCAUGUUACAUGAUCCAUCUUUAAAUCAUUUAAUUUGGUGGACUAAUAGUAAUGGUGAAGAAAAUACUUUUGCUUUAUGUCCAGGGAAAGAAUUUGCUAAUUGUUUAACUCAAUAUUUUAAACAUGGUAAUGUUGCAAGUUUUGUUCGUCAACUUCAUAUGUAUGGUUUUCAUAAAGUUAGUGAUCCAUCAUCCAAUACUUAUUCUACAAUCAACAACAACAACAACAACAACAGUGGUAGUAGUAGUAGUAACAAAGAUGUACCACCAGUUUGGGAAUUUAAACAUCUGAGUGGAAGAUUUAAACGUGGUGAUGAAAAUUCAUUGAUUUAUAUAAAACGAAGAUCAAGUUCUAAUCAUAAUUCAAGACUUGGUACAUAUUCUGAAACUAUUCAUCAUCCAUUAUUAUCCAAUCCUUUUAUAAAUCAACCACAAUUAAUAUAUCAAGAUUAUUCAAUGGGGACUCCAAUUGAAGUUCAACCAUUUUAUAACAAUCAAAAUCAACCACCAAUGUAUUAUCAACCGCCACUACCACCACUACCACCACAACAACAACAACAACAACAACAACAAGUGAUUGCUACUCCUCAAUAUCAUCAGUAUAAUAAUUAUCAUAUGCAACCACUACAACAACCGCUACAACCAACAAAUGCAUUAUUCGAUUACCAACAAACAAUAAUACAACCAGUACCUACACCUCAUCAACCAGGAUCUUUUGUUCAACAAAUACCGGCACCACCAGCACCAGCACCACCAGCACUAGCACCAUCAUCACUAGAUCAAUCUCAAUCUCAAUCUCAAUCACAACAAUAUAUUCCUCAAUUACAAUAUCGACAAAAUCCAUAUCCUCAACCACUUUCAGGAACACAACCUCAACAACUUCAAGAAUCUCAUUCAGGAUCUUUAAUUUAUCAACCAAUUCCACAUUAUUCUACAACACCACCACCACCACCACCACCAGAACCACCAGCACCACCAAAAGAUACAAUUCAUAAUCAUAAUCAUAAUCAUACACAAUUACAAACCACCCCAAUUACUAUAGCAACAAAAAUUAAUGGUAAUUUAUCAAGACCAUCAUCAUCUUCCUCAUCAUCAUCAAAUUCAUUAUCAAAUUCAGCAGCAGUAGCAGUACAUGAACAAAAUUCAUAUUUAAAAUUUAGGAAAAUUUGGCAUAAUGAAAUUAAUGAAAAUAAUGAAAAUAAUGAAAAAAUUAAUAAUUUAAAACCAAGAAAUCCAUCAUUAAUGUUUGAUCCAUUAAUACAAGUUGAUUGUAAUUCUAAUUCUAAUUGUAAUUCUAAUUGUAAUUCUGAACGAUCAUCUAAAACCAUUCAACAAAACAAUUCCAAUUCUAUUAUAUCAAUAUUAACUAAUAAAGAAAAUAAUUUGAAAUCAUCACCAUCACCAUCACCAUCUACAUCUACAACUAGAGCUACAACUACAACUAAUUCAAUAAUUACAUUACCACCACCUUCAGUUAUUGAUCGUUCUGUAUCAAUAAUUGGUUCUUCUAAUCCAUUUGAUAUAUCUUUAAGAAUAAACAAUAAUAUUCAACAACAACAACAACAACAAAAGCAACAACAAAAGCAACAACAAAAGCAACAACAAUUGUUUAAUGGAACUCCAUUAACACAAAAUGGAAGAUUACCUAAAAUUGCAUCACCAUUGAUGACUUGUAAUACAGGAUCAAGAUCAGUAUCAGUAUCAGGAUCACCAACAAUGAUAAUUGGCAAUGGUAAUGGUGACGUUGAUAUUGGUAACAAUUCUGGUUCAAGAAAUUCAACAAGUAUUAAUAUUAAUAAUUUUGGAUCGAAAAAAUUUUCAAUAUUUUCAAAUUCUUUACAAGAAAGAUUACGACCUUCAAUAUUUGAAUUUCAUUCAAUUAAUAACCACAACAACAACAAUAUUAAUAAUAGUAAUAAUAAUAGUAAUAAUUUAUCAAAAGAACUUAAUACAACUAUUGUUACUAUACCUAAAAUAAAUUCAAAUUCAAAUUUUAAUUCAAAUUCAAAUUUUAAUUCUAAUUCUGGAUCAUCAAGAACAACUUCUCAAUCAUCAAUAUCAUCAUUAUCAAUUUCAGGUUUAUCUUCAAAAAAAUCAUCAUUAUCAUCAAUUUCCUCUAGUAAUACUAAUACUAAUAAUUUAUCAAUAUUAAAUUCAAUAAAUUAUCGCAAUAACAAUAGUAAUAACAAUAGUAAUAGUAAUAAUAGUAUCAGUACAAUAUCACCAAAAUUGUCUUCACUUUUACAUCAUCAACAACAACAACAUUUAGAACCAGAACCAGAACAUGAAAAUGAAUCACAAAAUCAAAACUCUGUUGUCAUUACUAAUGAUACAAAUAUUCAUUCAUUAGUACCUUGUUCUUCUUCUACAACUACAACUACAAGUACAGAUCAUAGACAAGUGUCAAAUUCACCAAUUUCUCGACAACAACAACAACAACAAAAUAGUGGGACCAAUAACAAUAACAAUAAUAAAAAAGUCUCGGUGACGUCAUUAUUAUUGCCAAAUCAAGGUUAUGUACCACCACCACCACCACCACCACCACCACCACCAUUAUAUAAAUCAUCAAUUAUCACCGAGGAAGAGAAUAGUACCACCAGUAGUAAUAAUAGUAGUAGUACUGGUGGUGGAUAG